AUGGGGUCCGGAUCUGAAAUCCCAGAGAGAAUCCAAGGACAGCCUGAUACAUUUAAAACUUACCCGGGUGCAGGCUACGAUCCCUCGAUCUAUCAUGAGGAUCUCUCCGCGGAAGCUGUCGACUCAGGCUAUGUCGACUCAGGCUAUGCCGAUACUGUGGUUGAACCUUCGCUGCCAGAGCCCACUUCUAGGCCAUCGGCACCUGAGCGCACUAUUCCGCCUGUGCAAUUUGAGUCGGAUUUUGCGGGCCUAGAGUGGCGGCUUUCUGACCCUGAAGGGCCGUUCCACUCGACUGUUCAAGCUUCAGAUUUGGCAUUGACCCAGGGUUUCUUCCCAGAAUACUCUUCGGACCUCUGUCCCCUUCCACCCGAGACAAGCGUGGACUCAGGCUAUGCGGAUACUCUGGAUGAUUCCACGUUCGCUGAGUCAAUUUUCCGAUCCGAGCAAUCCGAGUUCGAUUCCAUCAACGUGGAUAAUUGGGGAGGUCCUAGAGAUUACUAUGAUCCAGGGCUGCAGUUCGUGAAUACCCAAUCUUCACUCGAGCAGUUCCAAGGACAACAGCCAAUCAUCCCGAGUAUCGACUACCUCAACUCCACCCCAGAACUGUUUCCUGCUGCCUUUGACUUCGGUCCAAACUACAGUUACUCUCAUUUUGAUCAUUACUUGAUAGGCUCGACUCCCGAGUUCGAGUCAUCUCACUUUUCGGACGGCCAACAGCAUCGACAAUAUCAGGAGCUCCAAGGGUUACAGCCAAUCACCCCGAGAGCGCAUAGUGGCCCCGAAGACUCUACCAUUGAUAGCCAUUGUGAUGUCCCCCCAAAACGCCUGAUGCCUGCAUCCGGGUCUAAGCGCAAGCGGGCCAACGAGCAAGAAAUGCCAGCAGGCUUGAUGUCCCAUAAAGGCUCCCAAUUCCAGCGAUUGAGUGCCUCUCUUGAUACACAAACAGAACGAGCCAGCCUUCAACUUUCAAGCCAAUCCUCCGCCUCUGAUGAGAAUGGUUCAUUGGCGAGUGAUUCCAAAGAGACGGAUAUUACCCGAUCAGACACCGAACACGACUCGAUAGAUUCGGGCAUAAUUGAGGCAAGAAAUCUGGAUCAUCUUCUGAACUCGACCCGCCAUUUCGAUGAGCUUGACCAACUCGAGCGCGAUACGGUACGGCUUCUUGACAUGGAAGUUGGCCCAGAUCUCGAACUCGACACUGUGGAUGAUUGCAUCGUGCAUCUCAAAAGGUUGAGAAUGGCGCUGGCCAACUUGAACAAGCAGCAGUUCUGUGGUAGUUCCAUGAACAUCCUAGUUGAGGAUCAAAGCAAAGAAAACGUUGCCAAAGCUCUGCCCGUCAUGCUUGAAGGGAUCAAACGGUUUCUGGAUGCAAGUACUCAGUUUAAUAGCAAUCUUCUGAAUCAGCGGACGAAAGAUUGGAUACAAUCAAUCCUUGGGUCGAACGAGGCCGACACAUUGGACUUGGACCUCUUGGAUUCCCUUCGCAUCCUAUGUUCAAUAUUGUCAAUUGGACUUGUUGCAUUUUCAGGUUCUCAUGUGUGCCGAUUUGAUGUUACCAAUUGGGGACAACAAAUGGAGCGAAUACCUAUUGGACUUGAUCAAUAUGCAUUUCGUGCACGAAAGUUAGCCUGUCUCGAUGACUUCAUCGGGGGUCCGGCCUGGGUGCUGGGGAAGACCGAAGGUCGACAAACAGCGCCGGAGAACACAUGCGAAAAGGAAACAAGCCAAUCAGCUUCACCAGACGAUGGAAGUAAGUUGCAACAACCACUACAAGACAGUAAUGAUGAGCCUCGUGUACAUCCCGGAAUGAAGGUUUCUCUUUCGGUUCAAGAUUUCGAUGAACUAUGGGGCCCAAUUUCGCUGGUCGGUGGGUCUCCAGACAGUGGGCUAGCAAUACGAACAGAAAGAGGAUUUAUUGUUCCACUACCGCGAGAUCAACAAUCCGAAUUGACUUCGGAUGAUCAAAAGGUUGAAUGCCACUGGACGUCGGAGAUUCCGCAGCAUGUGUUGGAAAGUCGCGCCAACGAGGAAGGCUCCGGAUCGACAAUCUCGCUCGACAUUGCGUCGAGAAUUUUGAUUGGAACAGGUACCAACGCCGAAAUUGGGCUCUUCGUCAAUGAGAAGUGUAAAUCAUCAAUUGCUCUUAUCCAGCAACAAAUCGCAUGUCGGCUCCAAUAUCCUGGGACAUGCAACUCCAAGUACGUCAAAGAGGGGCUUGACCUCCAGUUCGUCGGUGGGCAGUAUAUCACCGGCGGCCUUGUGAAAAAGUACAAGCGAAUGCCAAAACGAACACUGAAGGCCAUGCUUAUCGAAGAUUGCAAAAAGCCCGAUACCAGACUUGUCCCGCUGCUCGGCCUCCGGGUCGGACUUGAAGUGAGUGCGUGUACUGGCAAUGCCCAGCGAGUCACAUUGUGGGAUGCUCUCCGCCUCUCUCAGACAGGUCCCCAGACCUUGGACGCUGUCCCAUAUUGUGAGCACAAGAUCGGCGACAGACACUGUAUCAGCACAUGCUGGACCCGAUGCCACUCCAGUGAUGAGAUCGAUUCUUUCGAAGACCAACCAAUCUACGGCAAGCCACUAAAUGGCCCCCAAGCCCGCCGUGUGAUCAUCAACUCUAUACUUGCCCUCGAACACACAGGGCUAGACAGCGAAGGCAAUCUUCAAGUGGCCUGGCCCUUCAGCGACAUCCCUGCGAACUGUCCAGUCUCACCAUCCACAGCAAAAGAGUCCAAUAACUGGUUCCGGGUAGUGAAAGAGACACGAGAGACAUCCAGCUUUCCUGUCUUCAGCCAGCAAUGUUUAGAGUUCCACGACCGGGGUCUCGUUCGAUCAUGCUCUGCAUCUUGUAGGACCAAGAAUGCCAGGCCACCGCACACGAUGCUCUCGACACAGCUUCUGAAUUUGGCGACAGGUGUUCCUAUGCUGGGACUAUUCGAGGGUGCGAGCUUUCUGGUGGGGGAGGCACACCUGACGGUCACCAAGACAGUGCAAGGUCAACUAGCAAUAGUUGCGAUCGUGAGCUCGAAUCCUCUGGCCCCACUGCGGCGUCGGUUUCGGGAGUUUCUACCUGAUCCUCCAACGCAUGGAUUCAAGGAAAAUAUUAGGCCUGACAUUGCUGCUGGCCUGUCAAUUCCGCUAUACGUUCAUUGA